AUGGAUAGACUUCCAUUCGAGGUGUUAUUACAGAUAUUUGGCUAUCUCCCCUUCACCUCAUUCGAGACCCUAUAUGCCGUAUUUCCUCGGGUACUUUUGGACGAAGCAUUGAUAUACAAACUUCGAAGGCACAAAGCAGAGCCUAUGGUCAACUUGAUAUCCACCAACCUUCAUGAACUGUCUACCAACACGGCCAACAGUCGAAACGAAUCAUCCUUAUCUUUGUACUUUGACUCCUAUGAUCCCACACACAGAUUUAUUUGGACUCUGCCUGACUUUGAUCGCUCACAGCAUUAUUUUAAAGUCAAGGAUGCUUAUGUGUCCCAUGGUAAACUUGUGCUCAGAAGGCCUCAUGAUACUACUCUUUUCAGUCAAAAGUCUUUGGUAUCUUUAUGGGACAUUAGAAAAAGCUUCCCGCCUACUCGAGCUGGCUCAUUCUCUGGUGCAAGUGAGUAUUCAAGAAUCAAAUCCCAAGAGUUGACCAUUCAUCAAUCAGGUUGUAUACUGGACUCUUGUCUGAUUCCCUCAGGUACUAGUAGCAAUGCCAAGAAGGUUAGCUUGGUCGACAACAUGGGUGAGGAGAAAGUGAUUGGGAUGAGUGGUAGUGGGGAGAAUAUGAACAGAGUAUUGCUCAAGAGGCCUACUUUACCUCCAACAUACAUGAGACAGGUUCCUGAAGUUGGUAAGCAUGGUAAAGGCAGCAGUGCUCGUUCGGCAACAUCUUUCCUCGUACCUACUUAUCCGGACCCUACGUGUGGCUAUUUCCUGGUCGAAAGAUUUGCUAUUGACAUCCCAACCUUCUUGAGGCUUUAUUGCUGA